AUGGCCGGAGAGGUUUUCAAUCCAAACCCUACCAUCUUCUCUUCUUCAAAAACCUCUACGCGCAAGUCAAAUUUCGAAACAGGCCGCUCUCUGUGGAUCGAUGCAGACGACUCAGCCGAUGACUCAGAUCUCGACGUCGAAGAGCCAAUAGACAGGGACGAAAUCUUUGACCUCAUUCGGUCGAUCUCAGAUCCAGAGCACCCGAACUCACUUGAAGAGCUGCGCGUAGUAUCAGCACCGCAGAUAGAUGUAGGCGAUAACCAUGUAACAGUGGAAUUUACUCCAACCGUACCGCACUGUGGAAUGUCCACUUUGAUCGGCCUUUCUAUCCGUGUUCGACUCUUGCGCAGUCUGCCUCAACGCUAUAAAGUAGACAUCCGAGUCAAACCUGGAUCACAUCAAAGCGAAGAUGCAGUAAACAAACAACUCAACGACAAGGAAAGGGUAGCAGCUGCGCUCGAGAACCCAACCCUCGUCGAUACUCUCGAAAAGACUCUGGACAAUGUCAUGCUACGCGGAGAGCCCUUUCCCUAA